GAAACUCCAUUUCGUUUGACAUAAAUAUAUUGAGGUUAUUUUGUGUUAUUGUGUAAAGAAAAUAUUCAAAUUAAAGGAUGUCGCUACCUCCAGCAAGUGGUACUGGCAGGUAUUUCGCUAAAGCAGCUAAAUCCAUUCGUUUAAUACGCCAAGGAUGUACUAACCGGCCAUUUUUUCAUAUAUCUGUUACUCACCGAAGACGAAUUAACAGUCAGCCAGUGAUUGAACAGCUUGGUUCUUACGACCCGAUGCCAAACAUAAAUAAUGAGAAGUUAGUCGCUCUUAACUUAGAAAGAAUAAAGUAUUGGCUUGGAAACGGUGCUCAUAUUAGUACUCCAGUUGCAGAACUACUUGGUCUAUCUGGUUUCUUACCCAUUCACCCGCGCUCCUACAUGACAGCUUGGAGAAACAGACGAACAGAGAGAGAGAACUUGGCAAAACUGGAAGCUGAGAAGGCCAAAGAAACUGCUUCAACAUAGUUUAGAAUAAUUUAAAGUACCUGUAGUUAGUAGAGUAAAUGUUAUUAUAAUGUAAAA